AUGAAAUCUGAGAACGCUGCCCUGCAGCUUCAGGCAGAGAGUAAUGAUAAAAUUAAAGUUUAUGGUUUUUUAGCUUCUUCAACGUACGUUUGCCUUUUUCUCCUUCUAUUUGUCCUCAUUCUAUUGCCAUCACUUUAUGGAAAUUAUGAACUGGAUAAAACAUCUUCUGUUGCCGAAUACCCUAAUGAUUCAUUCGGAGCGUUGGACUCAUCAAAUGACAUCAGGUGCAGUGCAUCAGUUUCACAUCACUCUAGUCUUGCUGGGAAGCCACACAAGACAAUCUGGGCCAACAACAAACAAUCUUCUUCUAGCCAAGUUUUCCCUAGAAGAAAUGGCCAAGUUUUCCAUUGCCUCAUGCCUCAUGUGAAGAGGAACCGUCUUCCAAAAUUUAAUGCUUUUCGGUAA